UUUAUAUGAACGGCUGUGUAGUGUAGACUCCAUAGAGCGUGUAGAGUUGUCCUCUGUCUCCCCGGCAGGACCGUGCUUGGACUACAGCCCCCCUCCCUCCCUGUCCUGUGCCCUCAGCUCCGGAGGAGGGGCCGCUCAGGCAAGAUCCUUUCCAUGCCAUCCUAAUUGCCCAGUCCUGACUCCAGCCCGGGCCCCCCGGCUCUUCUCCUUAAAGUUGGCUCCUUCCCCAGCAGCCGCCGCCUUGGAUCCGUCGGCUUACUGUGAGACUCCGGUGUAUAACCCGGAUCUCUGCCCCAAUAUGAUCGCUGCCCAGGCCAAGCUGGUGUACCACCUGAACAAGUACUACAACGAGAAGUGCCAGGCCAGGAAGGCGGCCAUCUCGAAGACCAUCCGGGAGGUGUGUAAGGUGGUGUCCGAUGUGUUGAAGGAGGUGGAGGUCCAGGAGCCCCGCUUUAUCAGUUCCCUCAAUGAGAUGGACAACCGAUACGAGGGCCUGGAGGUCAUCUCCCCCACCGAGUUCGAGGUGGUCCUCUACCUCAACCAGAUGGGGGUCUUCAACUUCGUGGAUGACGGCUCGCUGCCGGGCUGUGCGGUGCUGAAGCUGAGCGAUGGUCGGAAGAGAAGCAUGUCCUUGUGGGUGGAGUUCAUCACCGCCUCCGGUUACCUGUCCGCCAGGAAGAUCCGCUCCCGUUUCCAGACCUUAGUGGCCCAGGCGGUGGACAAGUGCAGCUACCGGGACGUGGUGAAGAUGGUGGCCGACACCAGCGAGGUCAAACUCAGGAUCCGGGACCGCUAUGUGGUGCAGAUCACCCCAGCCUUCAAAUGUACCGGCAUCUGGCCCCGCAGUGCUGCCCACUGGCCCUUACCCCACAUCCCCUGGCCGGGUCCUAACCGGGUGGCAGAGGUCAAGUCGGAGGGCUUCAACCUGCUGUCCAAGGAGUGCCAUACCCUGGCCGGUAAGCAGAGCUCGGCGGAGAGCGAUGCCUGGGUGCUGCAGUUUGCCGAGGCCGAGAACCGGCUACAACUAGGCGGCUGUAGGAAGAAAUGUCUGUCCUUGCUGAAAACCCUCCGGGACCGGCACCUGGAACUGCCCGGGCAACCCCUCAACAACUACAAUAUGAAGACUCUCAUCUCCUACGAGUGUGAAAAGCACCCCCGGGAGUCGGACUGGGACGAGGCGUGCCUAGGGGACCGGCUCAAUGGCAUCCUCCUCCAACUUAUCUCCUGCCUGCAGUGCCGGAGGUGCCCGCACUACUUCCUGCCCACCCUGGACCUCUUCCAGGGCAAACCCCACUCCUCCCUGGAGAACGCCGCCAAGCAGACCUGGAGGCUGGCCCGGGAGAUCCUCACCAACCCCAAGAGCCUGGAGAAGCUCUAAAAACUCCCAUGGACUUGGAAUACAAAACCUACCCAACCAGGUGAAACCUUCAUUCACCUGGCAUAUACCCCCCACACCCACCCUUUCAUGUCCCCCAGAGCCUGGAUAAUCUCUGAAAGUUCUCAUGGACACUUCAUUUACCUGGAAUACAAACCUACCCACCAGGUGAAACCAUCAUUUACCUGGUAGACAAACUCCCCACCCACCCUUCCAUGUCCCAAGAGCCUAGAGAACCUCUAAAAUUGCUCAUGGACACUAGGCACUUCAUUUACCUGGCAUAAAAUUAUCCCCACCCACCCUUCGAUGUCCCAAGAGCCUAGAGACCCUAAAGGCUCCCAUGGACACUUCAUUUAC